UUAUAAUGUGCGCCUAUUGACGCAGUGCUUUACAAAGAUGUCACAAACUUUCAGGUUAUUGGCAGUUGGUUUAGCUGUUGUGCUGUCUUUCAUCGAGGCACCAGUUAAUUCGUUUACGCUCAGUCGAGAAACUAACAUUACUCAUGAUGAUCUACAUCCUGAGGACAGUAUUGUUUUAGAAGUUAGAAAUGAUAUAAGAAGACCGAAUGAUAUCGAGAAAACGAAGGAAGAUGGCUUCAUUCCGACGUCUGAAAUAUACUUUAAAGAUUUUAAAUUUAUAACAUCGAUUGAAGAUCAAGCUGUAGAUAGUAGUAUUGAUACAACACAAAACAUAGAGUUCACAACACAAAAUGCAGAACCGACUGAAAAUAAGGAGACGACGAUUACAAUUACUGACAAUGAACAUUCGAAUAACAAAAAAUAUAAAAGCAUUUUGCAGAACUCUACAAAUAAAGAAACGGAAACAACGCCAUCGUGGAAGAAAUAUACUGAAAUUAAUAGAAAAGUAGUAAAUGGUGAAUUAAAUGACGACAGGAACCAAACAGAAGUUAUGCUUACUGACGAAACAGGUGUGCCUCGCCAAGAUUCUAAAUCUGGAGAUAUACCUUCGCUAAAUCAACUUAAAAAUUUUCUUUUUCCAUCGUCUUUCUUUAAAUCUGACAUUGUAAAUGAUACUACCUCAACGGUUGGAGUUACAGAACAAUCAUUCACUAGUAGUUCUGAAACAACAGUUGAUUUGACUACACCUUCAAAGGAAAAUAUAGCUACUGUAGAAUCUAAACGAGGUGGAUUUUUAGACUUUUCUUUAAAAUCCCUUUUUGAAGACAGCAAUGAUAAAAAGGAAAACUCUCAAGAAAACAACACAUCCAAGCCUAAAGGUAGGAGGUUAAGUUGGCGUUUCGGAUCACGAUAUCGAGGAAAAGAAGACAACUCCGCGGAGAAGAGUAAAGAGAGGUCACGUUUUAGAUUUAGAAAUAAUAAGGAUCGAAAGGCCGACAAUAAUAAUAGCAAAGAAAGUAAAGAACAAUAUUCAAAAGAAAUGGAUUCAAGGGAGGAUUCUGAAAAAAUAACAUUACGCCCAACUGAGAAGGAUUCCAACAGUGAAAAUGAUCAAAAUGAAUCGGAGCUUAAAAAAGAAACUAAAGACCAAUCAAAUGUUAAUGAAAAGGAAAUUUUAGCAGAAUGGAACCAAUAUGAAAACAAUAAAGGACACUCAGAAAAUGUACUUAAAAAUGACAACUUGCCGCCAAAAGACAAAAUGAAAUUAGAAGAAGAGAGUAAUCGUAAGAAAAUAGAACACGGUAAAUAUAUUACAACUACUGAAAUAAAUAUAUGGUAUACAGGUUCGGGCGAAAAGACACGUUUCCGUGAAAAGGAACAACGAAAAAUUACCGAAUAUUCAAAUAAUUCGGAAGAAUCACGAGAUAAUAAUUCUAAAAAUAGAGGUACAUCGAAUAGAAAUACAUCGAAAAGUUACAAAAAUGAAGAUGAAUCUUCACAAUCUAAAGCACGGGACAGAAAUAACAAAAAUAAUAGAAAUGAAAGAUAUAAUGAGUCCAAAACCGAUAAAAACGAACAUAGGGAUAUAAAAGAAUAUAAAACAUAUAAUUCAGAAAAUUUAAAUGAAACGCAAAACCCUAAUGACAUUAAGAAUAAUGCCAUGGAUUCGCACAUUCGGCAAAAACCGUCAAAUAAUGAAUACAUUGAAAAUCAAACAAAUCAAUAUGACAAAAUAAAAACGACUGAGGUAAAUGUAGAAUCUGAUCAGGAAAUAACGAAAACGGGCAUCAAUUCGACGUCAGAUAUUACAAAAAAUGAUGAUGUUAAACAAGAAAAUAACAGUUCUGAUAAACAAGUGACAUUAGAAUAUAUCAAGCAAUUUUUAUCUACGAUUGACGAAGAAGAGGAGAACGAAUCUCGUGCCCCUACCAUAGAUGAAAUUAGUACUGCAAAACCUGUUGACGUUGAAAUAGAAACCACGACGGAAGCUUUGGACCCUUACGAACCCUUUAAAAUUCCAAAUUUAUUAAUAAGCUUACCCAGUUCAAGAAAUAAAGACGGAGAUCUGCAAAUUAGUAAAUUAAAUCGAAAUGAGGCUAAAGAGUAUAUUAAUACAGUAGAUACGACUACGGAGUCUGGUUUCACCGAAACAUAUUCAACUGACUUUAUUAAUCCCACUACUAGUGAUCAGAAAUAUGAAACCAAAAACAAAGACACGAAAAAUACUGAAGCGAUUAUUCAAAUGCAUGAAGAUAAUCGAAGAGAAGAACUGUUAAAAGAAGAGGUGAUUAAUAACAACGAGGAAAACUUUGGAAAAUUUAAAUACGAGCUAACUACUACACAACAAUCGACAAUUCCUGUUAAAAUAUAUGAAGUAAACCAAAAACCAGAAGAUGAAAAGUUAAGUGUUAAGCCUUUGACUUUUUUGGACCGAUUAAAAACGACAAUUUUAUAUCCUGUUGGUAUUAACUACAAGCCGCUUAAAAAAAUUGAAGUGCAACCACCCAAGUCAUUCAUGAGGGAUCCCGAUGAUAAUAGUUGGCGAAAUGAAAGCUUGAGUUCGCUAGGCAUUGUUUUCAAACCGAAGAACUCUUCGAAGCCUUUCACUCAAGUAUUAAAAAAUAAGACGGAAACGGAAUGGAAUAAUUUGGUGGAAAAGCAAAAUACAAGUGAAACUCCUGACUUGCGAGAAAGGUUAGAGAAAAUUGCUGAAAUGAGAAAAUCUAAGAAGAAAAAGACUGAUGCUUACGGUAAUGUUCUUUAUAAUGACUACGAAGAAAGCUUCUCGAAAGAAACAAAAGAUUCCGAAUAUUCUACAACAACAACAACAAUGAUUUCAACCACAGAAUUUACCACAACCAGCACAGUUGCUCCUGCAAUAGACCCAGAGUCGCAAAAUUAUUCUAAAUCCGCUACAAAUUCAUCAACGAAGAAACCUAAAAAAGUAUUUAAUGAAGCCGAAUACUACGAUACGUCCGAGGAUGAUGAUGCGGACUACUUAACAUUGGCCAAAAUAGACCUCAAGAAAUUUACAGUUCCUAUCGGAACCGAUGCUUACGUGACUCCUCCCACUUGGCUAGUAACAAACACGAGACCAGAAAAUCACAACAACUACGAAAGAAAACCUACUCUGCAAUAUUUUCCACCUUUAACGACACAUAAAGGUAUGUUUAGAGAUUACGACACAGACUUCCAUAAAAAAAUGGGAGCUUAUACCGAAACCGAGCCCCCGACAAACGUUUUACCAGUUUCAUACACAAGACCUUCGUCACCUAUUCCGAAUGAUAGGACGGGGCACUUGUUUACUCCUAUUAGUAAAUAUUCGAACGACAGAACAACCACCGAAUUUAUAGAUUAUGAAAAGCCUGGGUUCAUGACUCAAGCCCCCGUUAUACCUGACGCCAAAGACGGCUAUACGGUUAUCACAGAUGAUGGCAGCUACAACAGAGCGGCAGAUGUCAUCAAGCACUACAGGGACUUCUUGAAUGCUGUCGCCAAGGAUCACGAGGAAGACAUAAAUGAAGACUACAAUCCAUAUACAAAAAUUCCAACACAAGGUGUCACCGUGAGUGACAUAAUUCACAAAAUUAAACCCAAACCGGAUAUGGCGGAAAAUUAUGAUUAUGACAAUGAUUUCCGGAAAGACGUCUUACAAAGAUUUGUCCAUAAUUUUAAUCAGAAUAGCGAAAGAUUUAAAUCAGGCCUUCCAAUGUUGUAUAACAACAGCGUAAUUCACGGGAGCGCUGGCGACGGACGGGAGGUGGCAUCUUCACGAGCCUACCUCAGUCGGAUGUUGACGCGACCUUCUGGGGACUGCGACAAUAACGCAACGGUGGAACUGUCGCCGGCAUAUGAGUUGCAUUACUACGUGCCUGAAGAAGAAGAGAAAGAACAAGUGGAUCCGAAGCCGGCGACGCUGCCCUACCAGUACCGGCUAUAAGCUGCAACUGUAAAUAUAUAACAUAAGUUAAUAUAUAACAUCUGCUUCAAAUUGCCGCAGAUAUCGUGUGGUAACAGUGGAGUGUUAUUGUUAGUCAAGCGGAACUAUUAAUACCAUUUCGAAGGCGAAUGUGCAUGUAUAUUAUGAAAAACGCGUGGUGCUAGCUAGGUUAGUAUAGUCUAUUUAUAAACCUAUUAAACACGAUAAUUGUUACAUUAUAAACAAAUACUUUUUUAUAUAACAUUUGUAACGUUUAAGAAAACCUGUCAGUACUUUUGUGUAUAAUAAGGUUCUAUUAAAAUUGGACAGGAGUGUCUUGAAAUUUAUGUUAGCCACAUAAAUGUUAUUAGGUUGCCUGGUAAACUUUCAUCACAAUUACAAAUUUUCUUAUGCAUAUGCGUGUCAGCCGCCAGCGCUUAUUUGAAUAAUUGAGUAACUCGAUUGUAAGCGUAGUCGAUAUUUGUGAUGCCCGAAUUAUUGUGAUAAUAUACGUUGAUUAAGUUA